AUGCCAGCAAUUAAAGCAGCAAAGAAAGCAGCAGUGCCUGCCGAAAAAUUGUCAUUGAAGAACAUUGCAAAGCAUAAAGCACCUUACAGUAUUAAUCUUACAAAAAAUGCGUGCGGCAACAUCUCAGAAUAUCCCAUUGAAUUUACAAAAGAUUCAAAGUACUUCUUUUCUUCUGUCGGAUCUUGUGUCAAGAUUUAUAGCGUUGCCACUGGUGCUGUUGUCAAAGUGCUUUCACAAUCGCCUUCUCUGGGAGGGCAUUUAGAUACAAUUACUCGCGUUAUUCUGAACCCAAAAAACCACCUUCAGUUAUAUACAGCCAGUUUGGAUGGUACAAUCAAACUCUGGGAUUAUAAUGAUGAUAUUUUACUGAAGACUUACGAUAUUAAGGCACCUAUUCAGUCGAUGGAGAUUUGUCAAAGGACACCUGAAUAUGCAUAUUUAAUUGUGAAAAAAACAGAUAAAGAUGGAAAAGACAUAGCAUCGAAUAACACAGCAGUUUAUCGAUUCAUGUUUGGCAGUUCAGAUCAGGAUAGUGGAUUGCGUCGUAUUCACACAUUGACAGAUUGUCGUUCCAUUGAUAUCAGCAGUGACGGAAAGUGGCUCGCAUUUGCGGCUCGAUUCAAAGUGUAUAUUUGGCCAGUAGUAUUAGAAGAAGACAUGGUGAUGGAAGACGAUAAUGAUAAAGCAGAUGUUAUCGAAGCACAAUUGAGGCAACAUGCUUUUGUUGACAUGACAACGGUGCUCAAAUUUCACCCUUUUAAACCUAUCUUAGCUGUAGGUGAUGAAUCUGGUAAAAUUACCCAUAUUACCAACUUCACGUCUGAAAACGAGAAAGAUUAUAUACGUUCCAUUCAUCAUUGGCAUCAUAUGCCUGUGGAUUGUUUGAAGUUCAUGGAAGAUGGUUCAUAUUUAAUGUCAGGUGGUCAGGAAGCAGUUAUUGUUAUUUGGCAACUUGAUACAGGACAUAAGCAAUUUCUGCCUAGAAUGGGUGGCGGUGUGACAUCUAUCACCAUAUCUCCCAAUCAUCGAUAUUACUGUGUUGGGUUGAAGGAUAAUUCAAUCAGAUUGAUCAAUAGCAUUAGUCAAACUAUUGAGCAAGUGAUUCAAGGUCUACAAUAUGCCAAAGCAGAAAGUAACAUGAAUCCUUUAUCCACGGGUCUUAUUAUUGAACCUCGUAAUCGCCAUGUUGUACUGAAUGGUGUUCAAGGCAGUCUUCAAUUUUACAAUGCCAUUGCUGAUAGUCAUGUUAUGGAUUUGGAAGUGGUUCCCAUGAACCGUAUUGUUCGUUCCGGUGAAAGGGAAAUUAUUCAUGCCCACGUUGCGCACGUUGCCUUUUUACGUAGUGGUGAAUGGAUGGCCACCGUGGAUAUGCGUGAUGAUAAAAUUACCACACCUGAACUCUUCCUCAAGUUCUGGCAAUGGGAUCCUGAUACCCAGAGUUACAAGCUUCACACUCGUGUGGAUUACCCUCACACCAAGCCUAUCACCUCCUUAAUUUUCAAUCCCACCUCACAUUAUCGUCAUAGCAAGGGCUUAAUGGCCAUAACCACUUCAGAGGAUAAAACUUUCAAAGUAUGGAAUUUAAGUCAAAGCGGUAGCAAUAACCAAGCAGCCUGGGUCUGUCGUUCUGUCGGUGUCUAUCGUGACGAUACCCCUACAACCGCUACUUUUUCAGAAGACGGUAGCAUUUUAGCCGUUGCUUUCGGUCAAGCCACCACUAUUUGGGAUCCUUAUUCCAAUUCAAUUCAGGCUGUUUUUGCUCAGCCUAAUUCCGAAAUUGUCGAGAAACUAGCAUUUUUGGGUGACAAUUGUCCCUUUUUGAUUGCCAUAUCCAAAGAACACCUUCAUGUUUGGAACAUUUUGACAUGUAACGUUUGGUGGAGUUAUAAGAUGACAGUGGAUCACUUUUCAGUCAAUAAGGACAGUAAUCAGUUCGCAGUUGUUCAAAAUCACCCCUCUUCUCGUCAUACCACUAAUAUCAAAAAGAAUGAUGAUAAUGGGCUAAAAUCACGUAUUGUUGUGUUUGAUCCCAAAUCGUCCGUUCCUCUUGCACUUUAUCAUUCAAACUAUACUUGUCGUGGUAUCGCAUGGCUUCCGAAUAAGGUUCAACAGCAACAUGACGGAGACGAAGUUUUCCAUUCGUCUUCAACACUUAUUUGUUUGACCAACACUUAUGAACUCAUUCUUCAUUCUGUGAAACCUUCCACCACAACAGAAUCUGCCGGGCAACAGACAGAGAAUGCCAUGGUCUCAACAACACCAGCAGAUCUCCAAAAUAGCACCAUCACAACCGAGAAAUCUUUGUUUAAUGACAUGUAUGGUAAACGGGAAAAUGAACGUGAGACAGACGAGCAAACUCGUAUACGCCUUAAACAAGCACAAGCGUUACGUGAAGAAGCCAUGACAGUUAAUUACAGCAGCAGAAAGGGCAAGACAUCGUCAUCAAUACAUAGAAAUGGAGAAGUGGAAGAUGAGACAGGAUUAUCAGCACCUAGUCAUGUCCUCCCUGGUGUAGAAUCCUUAUUUGAUACGUUCAUGACAUCUAUUAUGGCGUUACGCAUUGAAAAUGACGAGGAGAAGACAUCAAGUUCCGUGGAUGCAAUGGACGUGGAUGUUAAUGGUAUUGAAGGAGAAGCAGAAGAGAAUCAAAAUACUUCAACAGAAGAUCAGCACUUAGUGGGUGAUACCAUUUUGGGUUUCGCAGCAGAAGAUCUACCCACCUUGACUGAAUUCUUUGCAAAUGGCUUAGCUCGAAAACCGGUCGUUGAAAAGGUUCAAUCAGACUCUUCCUCGGACGAUGAUGAUUCAGACGACGAAGAAGAUCCUUCAAAUAUUGACUGGUAG